UUGGGCUAAGCACUGUGUUGAUGCAAAUCUAACAAAGCAUAUCAUGCACAGUACACCAAUGCAGUGGAGCAUGCUGGUGACAGCUUCAUGUUUUGUGGAUGGUACUCAGGGACUGAUGUAUGGACGCUAUACACAGGAGCUGGGCACCUAUGCCAAAGAAGAGGCAGCUCGCCUGCGUGAAGAUGGAGUGCUGCGGAGGACCACCAGUGUGCGUGGCCAGGCCCCAGAACUGCUGGAGUAUGAUAAGAACCCAUGUGCCAAGUGUCAAGUCUGUACGUCACGGUGUAAGAAGUUCCUGAUUUCCCGUGUGGGUGAAGACUGGAUCUUCCUCAUCCUUCUGGGGCUUCUCAUGGCAUUGGUCAGCUGGGCCAUGGACUACACUAUUGCCUUCUGCCAGCAAGCACAGAAGUGGAUGUAUGGUGGCCUGCAUAGUGAUAUGCUUCUCCAGUACCUGGCCUGGGUCACUUACCCUGUGGUUCUCAUCACCUUCUCUGCUGGAUUCACUCAAAUAGUCGCACCACAGGCAGUGGGCUCUGGGAUCCCCGAGAUGAAGACCAUCCUCCGAGGUGUGGUGCUGAAAGAGUACCUCACUUUCAAAACCUUUGUUGCCAAAGUGAUUGGCCUAACUUGUGCCCUUGGAAGUGGCAUGCCUCUGGGCAAAGAGGGGCCAUUUGUUCAUGUUGCCAGUCUGUGUGCUGCCCUGUUGAGCAAAUUCAUGGCCUUGUUUGGAGGAAUCUACAUGGAAGAGCCCUUUGAGGGAAACAAGAAUGAACUGAGAAACACAGAGAUGCUGUCAGCCGCCUGUGCAGUGGGGGUGGGCUGUUGCUUUGCCGCCCCAAUUGGAGGAGUGCUGUUUAGUAUUGAGGUCACAUCAACGUUCUUUGCUGUGAGGAACUACUGGAGAGGAUUCUUCGCAGCAACCUUCAGUGCCUUUAUCUUCAGGGUGCUGGCAGUGUGGAAUAAGGAUGAGGAGACGAUCACGGCUCUCUUUAAAACUCGCUUUCGUUUGGACUUUCCCUUUGACCUACAAGAGCUUCCAGCUUUUGUUGUGCUUGGGAUUGCCAGUGGUUUUGGAGGAGCUUUGUACGUCUACCUGAACAGACUGAUAGUGGAGUCUAUGAGGAAACAGAAAACCAUUAACAAGUUUUUGCUAAAAAAAAGACUAGUGUAUCCUGCAGUGGUCACCCUUCUCGUGUCCACACUUACCUUUCCUCCAGGGUUUGGACAGUUCAUGGCAGGCCAGCUGACUCAACAUGAGUCACUAGUUGCACUGUUUGACAACCAGACCUGGUACAAGCAAGGUGUUGCUGAGGAGUUUGAGUACGCAAGUCAUGUACCUCAAGCCUGGAAGCACCCGCAAGUCAGUGUCUUCAUCACACUCUUGCUCUUCAUCGUCAUGAAGUUCUGGAUGUCAGCUGUGGCUACGACGAUGCCUGUGCCUUGCGGGGCCUUCAUGCCGGUUUUCCUCAUUGGUGCUGCAUUCGGUCGACUGGUUGGCGAGAGUAUGGCUGCCAUCUUUCCCGAAGGGAUACAUGCUGACAGCACUGUAUAUCCCAUAGUUCCCGGUGGUUACGCAGUUGUAGGGGCGGCAGCUCUCUCUGGUGCAGUCACUCACACCGUGUCCACGGCCGUCAUUGUGUUUGAGCUGACCGGUCAAAUCUCACACAUCCUGCCUGUGAUGAUCGCUGUGAUAUUGGCCAAUGCCGUGGCUCAGAGUCUGCAGCCUUCUCUGUAUGAUUCCAUCAUCAGGAUCCAGAAACUUCCCUAUCUGCCAGAGCUGGGCUGGGGACAGGAGAAAUACAAUAUCCGCGUGGAGGACAUAAUGGUGAGAGACGUGCGAUAUAUCACUCUCUCCUCUUCUUACCGGGACCUGCAGGAAGCUCUCGUAACAGGCCAGCUUAAAACCCUUGCAUUGGUGGAGUCCAAAGAGUCAAUGAUCCUGCUGGGUUCUAUAGAGCGUUCUCAGCUGCAGUCCUUGCUCUCACAGCAACUUGGCCGAGCCCGCAGGCUGGAGUACUUAAGAGAGCGUGCCCAGGACAACGGCACCCACGUGCCCAUAUUCUCCCAGGACUCUCCCCCCAAGACUGCCCAUGGCGUACGCUUCCUGAUCUCCACUGAAGAGUCCUCCUACAGCCCCACACUGACUAACUCUCAGAUCCCCCUAAAGUCUGCCCUGAAGACGGUGUCUGCAAUCAGCAACACAGACUCAAUGAAUAGCUCUCCAAAUGUCUCCUCCGGGGAACCUGUAAAGGAGGUAGUUGAGAGCAAUGCUGGCCCCAUGGCUCCUAAGAGGAGCAGGAGGCCCAAGCGUGUGAAGAUAACCAUGGCGGACACUCCUGAUGUAGAAGAUGAAAUGUCAACAGCAGAGAUAGCAGAGUGGGAGGAGCAACAGUUGGAUGAGGCUGUCAAUUUCAACAACUGUAAAAUAGACCCCGCCCCCUUUCAGCUGGUAGAGCGGACAUCUUUGCAUAAGACACACACUAUUUUCUCACUACUUGGCCUGGACCAUGCUUAUGUCACCAGCACUGGACGUCUAGUUGGAGUAGUCUCUUUAAAGGAGCUGCGUAAGGCCAUUGAGGGCUCUGUAACAGUAACUGGAGUGAAAGUUCGUCCCCCGCUGGCCAGCUUCCGUGACAGUGGCAACAGCAGCAGCGUUUCAGAGGUUACUGAACUCCACAAGCUCUGGAGUCGUCACAAGACCAUAUCGUUGCCACUGGAACCCAACCUCCCAGACUCUGAAGACCAAGUGGAGCAGCCAUCCGAGGGCAGCCUCGUGAAUGAGACAGAGUGCACAGAGCUGUCCAGUCAGUACAGCCCGUUACAAACAGACGACCAAUCAGAGAUCUCCAACGCCGAUGCCACGCCCCAAGAGGAGCACCUAUCACAGCUACCCUGUAACUGUAGCCACCCUCUUGAGGAUGGCUCGGAGGAAGUCAGUGAGCACUGCCUGACCCAGAAUGAGGAACCCUUGAGUAAGGGUAGCCCCUUGCAUUUAAAGGGGAAACCAGAAUGACAGCUGGCUGUGACUGGCAAUGCACACUCCAUUUACACCAUAAACAGGAUUGUGAAGUCAGGGUGAGGAGAACUUUGAGGCAAAUCCUGAAGUGGCGAAGCACACUGUCUGCUCUGUACUAAUCAAACCCCCAGUCGCUGGUCCUGCCCUCCAAACAUGCCGUGUGUGUGGGUGUUUGUUUGUAUGUGUGGGAUGUUCAUAGAUACAUGCUGCAGUGUGAGUGCUCUGUGACUAUAUGUUGGUAGGAUACACUUAAUGUCAAUGUAAAUUGCUGUUCACAACCCAAUUUACUUCGGUAAUGAAAACAAAUGUAGGACUUGAAUUUAACCACUGAGAAUUAAUUGAAUUGUGAAAAGUGGGUGUUACAUGCUACCAGAAUGGAGCCAGACCGAUAAUGAGUUAUAAAUGUGAAUAGCUAUUUGGUUAUUGGUUAACAUUACCCAAUAGCCUGCACGCCCUAAGUGAUGUCAGCGGAAAAGGAAAUUAAUUUAAGUGGAAGAGCAAGUUAUUUAAUUUUGAUGAAAGAAUACGAAGGCUGUCGACUUAAAGCGUUAAUUCAGUGCGCUUUAUUAUUAUAUUUAUAUUAUAUAAAUACACGUGUUACUAUUUUUUUAUGCAAUUAACCAUGUAGGUCAGGCCAGUGAUAGGCAUAUGUUCAGUGAUAUUGAAAUAAAAGUAAUAAUAUAUUGACUUCUAAAGCCACUUUUUGUAUUGUCUAAUCAAUGCUUUACUUGUUUUGAUUAUUAUAUAUUGAAUUAUCUUUAUUUAGAGGCCUUUUUCAGCAAAACAAUUAUUUAUUUGAUUAAAUGCGAUUAAUUUUAUUAAUUAAUCGACAUUGCAUGUAAUUAAUUAGAUCACCAUUUUUAAUCGAUUGACAGCCCUAAAACGAAGACAAACUAAUUUUAUUUUUGGAAUAACAUGAACUGAUGAAUCAUUCACAAUAAGACCAGGAACUUGCAUUAAGCUGAAUGUGCAUUUAAUGAUUUUUAUGUUGAUUUUAAUGUACAGUUUAAAGUUUAUGUCAGACCAUGGCGGGCUCAUGAGUGAUCAUAUGUUUGUGGAUGUGUUUUUUCGAUGUAUUCAUCUUAAAUUUGUCUGUUAGUUGAUGUGUGGUUUCAUAGCGCACUCCUAUAUGUGUUUUGUCUUUGCAUAAGUGAGAGUGUAUGUAAGAAAGGCAGAGUGUGUGUGAGUGUGACUCAGCUGCACCUAGCCAACGCACCCAUCUGGUGCCGACACUUUAAAUCCAAAUAAAAUUGUCUCUGAGAGCGAAACUACAAUUUCGCUCUAAAUAUAGCCCUUAAUAACCCACACUGCAAGGAAACAUG